AUGGCCGAUCCUAACAAGGUGAAAGCAAUGCUGGAAUGGCUUGUUCCGACAAGUGUGAAGUCGCUUAGGGCCUUGAGGGCUUUUAAUGAGCUGAAGUCAGUAGUUACAAGUCCACCAGUCCUUAAUUUGUCAGACUUUUCAAAACCCUUCACUAUUGUGUGUGACGCUAGUGGAAAGGGAAAGGGAAUUGGGGUAGUGCUAAUGCAGUUGGAACAGCCUCUUGCAUAUUUGAGUAAGGAAAUCAAGGGUAAAGCCCUUCUCUUCUCCACCUAUGAGAAGGAACUCUUAGGGCAGUUCAUAACGGACAAUGAUGCAAGUUAUAAAGCUGCAAGAAAAAAGUUACAGCAGAAGUAUGGCUCUUUCUACUGGUCCCCUUGUGCAGCUCAUUGUAUAGAUUUGAUGUUGGAGAAUUUUCCUGAUCCUAGGCAUUUUACUGUUAUUGAUGAAACUAUAAAAAAGGCAAGAAAGAUAACGAAGUUCAUUUACAACCAUGCUUGGGUUUUGGCUUUGAUGAAAAAAGACUUCACCAGAGGUCAUGAUUUAUGUCGUCCUGCAGUCACAAGUUUUGCAACAAAUUUUUUAAGCAUCCGAUGCUUACUUUUGUUUAAGAAAGAGCUUAAACAAAUGUUUACUUGUGAUAAAUGGAUUGCAUUAAGUCAUUCUAAAAGCAACAUAGGGAAGGAGAUAUCCGAGAUUGUUCUAGAAGAUAGAGAGUUUUGGGCUCAAUGUCAAUUUAUUGUGAAAGUUACUAAGUAUCUGGUUCUAGUUCUACGACUUGUCGACGGGGAAGAGAAGCCUGCAAUGGGAUACUUGUAUGAUGCAAUGGAAAGAGGCAAAGAGAACAUAAAAGCGAGAUGUAAUGACAAAGUUACUGUAUUAAGUUCAUUCAUUAGGAUCAUUGAUGCUAGGUGGGAUAAGCAACUUCACAAUCCAUUACAUGCGGCAGGUUGUUUUCUUAACCCUGCAAUUUACUAUAACCCUUGCUUUAAAAAUAAAAAUGAUGUUGCAAGAGGAUUUAUGGCUUGUAUCAUGAGGAUGGAACUUGAUAUCGAUAAUCAAGACAAGAUCAUUGAAGAACUUGAAUUGUAUAGGAAUGCAGACGGGGAUUUUGGACAUUCUUUAGCAAUUUGCCAACGUGACAAAAUUAAUCCAAAUUAA